AUGGAGGCCCCCAAUAUUGCUGCUCCGGAACACUGGCCUGCUCGGAUUCAGAGCACUGGCUCCGCUGCACGUGCGUCAGCUCCUCGAGCUCCCCUCUCCUGCUCCUCAUCUCAUCACAACAGCACAGUAGCACAAAAAAGAACGGCAUCGCCACCGGCAAAUGCGACGAGGGGAGAUGUGAAGUGUGCCCUGCGGCUGGCUCCGCAGCGACGUCCGUACUGGCAUCCGAUACGCACAGCACACUGCUCCCGAGCUGACCAGAAGCGGCAGCUGCCAGAACAGAAGCCGACGUUGACAAUGCGGAGAAGAUGGAAGAAGAAGCAGACGGAUCGAUUCAAAUUCGCAGAGUGGGAGACCCCUGCGCAUCGGCAAGCUGCGGCUGCUGCCGCUGCUCGCCACCACAUCCACCGGAUCUCACUUUCGCGACAAGGCAAGGCGGGAAAGAGCGGUGCUGCCGCGGGCACUGCACUUGUGCCUGCUGCUGCAACAACAUUCAAGUGCCCGAAAAGGUGCAGGCAGCUUGACCUGCGAGAAAUAGCCGCAUCAACCGGCGCGCGCUUGCACUGGGCUUUGGUUCUCGAAGCCAUGCAAUGA